UUAAAUGAGUGAAAAUGUCAUCAAAGAAAAGCAAAGUGAAAAAUAAAAGGAUUCAGGAGGAAUCAGAGGGAUCAGGAGCAGAUCUGGAUUCAUCAGGACUGUCCGCGCUCUGCGUGACUGAGUUUAUAGAGAAAGCAGAAGAAAAAGCUCCAAAAAGAUGCAGAUCAUAUCUGGCCCAGAUGAGCGUGAACACAAUGAAGGGUGUGAACGCCUGUAUCGGCCGUCCUGUCCUCAUCACCAGCUCUGCAGGACGUCAGGAGGUGUGUGUAGCCUGGCCUGCAGCUCAGUUCCCUGGGAGAAGAGUGGGUCUGAUGUCUGACACACAAAGCAUUCUGGGAGUGAAACCAGGAGAUGCUGUUAUGGUAGAACCGAUCACAGGAGCCGUUCUCCAUGCAGAGGAACUUCAGCUCUGCCUCAGGCAGGAGGACGAGUCUCUCAGUACUGAAGAUCUGACUCAGUUUCUCCUCAGAUCUUUGGAUUGUCGGAUUCUCCUCCCCGGCGGCUCCGUCUCCGUGUCCUAUUUCGGGCGUAGAUGCCAGAUGGGUGUGACCUCUCUGACGGGGGUGGACGGGGUCACCCAGUCUUCCUCCUCCGUCCUUUCGGGCCCCUCGUGCCCCGUUUCUGAAUCGGACGCCGCUCCUCUUGAUCUCUCCGUCCAGCUGGGCCAGCUUUCUCUGAACCCCUUGUCCAGCACCCCGACUCGACCUCAUGUUCUCGCCCCUCACACCCCUCACACCCCCUCCAGCCCGAGCGCCCGCUCCCCGUCCGACAGCGCCCUCUCCUCCGGACUGGUGACACCAGAUCGCUCCUCGGCGGACGAUUCGUCGUCCCGUACAGACGUCUCGAUCCUGCUGCCCUCUGGUGGCCGAAGUGGGAGCGACACGUUCUACUGCGUCUGCCGUUCGACCAGGAUCAGCUUCGCUCACACACGCCCGCGCGGUCCCGACGACGGAGACCAGGACCAGGGUCAGGAGAGGUCAAAGGUCACCUACAGUAUGAUAGGAGGGUUGGAAGAUCAGCUUCAGGUGAUCAGAGAGACCAUCGAGCUUCCGCUCAGACACCCAGAGAUCUUCAGAACGUACGGAAUUCCGCCCCCUAGAGGUGUGCUACUGUACGGUCCGCCCGGCACCGGGAAGACGAUGAUUGGACGAGCAAUAGCCAAUGAGGUGGGAGCGCACAUGACCGUCAUCAACGGCCCCGAAAUAAUGAGCAAGUUUUACGGUGAGACGGAGGCGCGCCUGCGUCAGAUCUUCUCCGAGGCGGCUCAGCGGCAGCCGGCCAUCGUCUUCAUCGACGAGCUGGACGCCCUGUGUCCGAAACGAGAGGGGGCGCAGAACGAGGUGGAGAAACGAGUCGUGGCCUCCCUGCUCACGCUCAUGGACGGAAUCGGAUCUGAGGGCCACAGCGGCUCCCUGCUGGUCCUGGGGGCCACAAACCGACCGGACGCCAUCGACGCGGCCCUGCGGCGCCCGGGACGCUUCGACCGGGAGCUGGAGGUGGGCGUGCCCUCCGCGCAGGGGCGGAUGGAUAUCCUGCUGAAGCGGCUGCGCUCGGUCCCGUCUGACGCCACCGAGGACGAGCUGCGGGAACUAGCUGACGCGGCGCAUGGAUACGUGGGAGCGGACCUCGUGGCCGUCUGCAAAGAGGCCGGACUACACGCCCUAAGAAGAGCACUGGCAGCGGCUCCGGGUCUCUCCGACGCCGAACUGAUGGGCCGAGUGAGGGUCACCACGUCUGAUCUGAGGCUGGCCCUGACUCAGGUUAAACCCAGCGCCAUGAGAGAGGUCGCCAUCGACGUGCCCAAGGUGUGCUGGAGUGAUGUAGGAGGGAUGGAGGACGUGAAGCUGAAGCUGAAGCAGGCUGUUGAGUGGCCGCUGAAGCACGCGGAGGCCUUCGCGAGGCUCUCGGUGACGCCCCCUAAAGGCGUGCUGCUGUACGGACCGCCCGGCUGCUCCAAGACCCUGAUCGCCAAGGCGCUCGCUAACGAGAGCAAGCUCAACUUCAUCGCCGUCAAGGGUCCUGAGUUACUGAGUAAAUACGUCGGCGAGUCUGAGAGAGCCGUGCGGGAGGUUUUUCGGAAGGCGCGGGCCGUGGCUCCCUCCAUCGUGUUCUUCGAUGAGAUCGACGCUCUGGCCGUGGAGAGGAACAGCUCGUCCCGGUCGAGCGGAGUAGCCGAUCGCGUGCUAGCGCAGUUGCUGACGGAGAUGGACGGAAUCGAGCAGCUCAAAGACGUCACGGUGCUGGCCGCCACCAACCGACCCGACAUGAUCGACAAGGCUCUGAUGAGGCCGGGUCGUUUGGACCGGAUCGUGUACGUUCCUCUGCCGGACUCGGACACUCGGAGGGCCAUCUUCACCCUGCAGUUUGGGAAGAUGCCCGUCCAUCCCGACGUGAACCUGGAGGAGCUGGUGACCUGCACGGAGCGCUACUCGGGGGCAGAGAUCACGGCCGUGUGUCGGGAGGCCGCUCUCUUCGCCCUGCAGGACGACAUUGAAGCCGAGCUCGUCACCGCCGGCCACUUUCAGUCCGCUCUGGCCGUCAUAAAGCCCAGAGUGCCAGACUCGCUCAUUCGGCUGUACGCAGAGUACCAGCGGCAGCACGGCGCCGGAUCCUUCCGCUGACCGUCCGUGUGAGAGGAGUCUGACCGGGUGGACCACGGGACCCACCAGAUGCUUCUGAGCCGAGAGGCCAACAACACCCCCUCCACCCCCAGUCACCGGGGUGUUUCAGCCACACCCGCUGCUCAGCGGUGUAUAAAAUCACUUCAUUAAUAAAAUACACGCUUCCACUUUCUUGCCAACA